GGAGGCCAGGGUGCGCGCGCGGUUGCGGAUCGUCGCGCCAGCGGGGAAAUGACCAUUUCAAACUCGCGAGCGGUUCCCUUUGGCUUCCCCUCUCCUUGUCGAUCGCGUCGCACGCAUCCUGCCAUAAGCAUGCCGCAGCAUGCAUGCUUGUCCCCACGUUUUUCCUCACGUCCCCUCUCGAUCCUUCCAUUGCCGCACCGCCACCGCACGAUGAUAACAAACUCCUCCUCGUCUCGUCUCUAUAAGAAACCGCCUCCGCGAGCCCCCACGAUCCAGUCGGUCGAUCCAGCACGGUUGGUGGAGCUAGCAGAGGCCAUCGAUCGACACCGCCGAAACCCUCCCUCUCGUCAAUCUCGUUUCGCCAGCACGCGCGUCCGACAGUCGAGAUGCCGCCAAUGGUGACCGCAACGACGGACUCCGCCGCCCGACGAUUCGCCGUGGCCUGCGGCGUGCUCAGCCGGUUAGUCAAGGCGGCCGGCCCGGUGCCGAUGCCGAUGCCGAUGUCGGCGUACGGCGCGGCGGCGCGCGUUGGGGCCUUGCAGGGACCCGACGGCCCGCCGGCUGACGGGGCGCAGCAGCUGACGAUCUUCUACGGGGGGAGGGUGGUGGUGCUCGACGGCUGCACGCCGGCCGGGGCCGCCGAGCUGAUCCGGUACGCAGCGGCGGCGGCGACCCCGCCUGCUGCCGCGGCGGCGACGGCGCUCGUGGACAUACCCAUCGCGAGGAAGGCGUCGCUGCAGCGGUUCCUCUCCAAGCGCAAGGACAGAUCCGUCACGGCCCUCGAGGGUCCACCGUACAGUCGUCCGGAGGAGGCGGCGCCGCCGCCGCCGGCGAAGAAGCGCAAGACCGAAGCUUCUUCCUGGCUCGCCCUGGGUAGCUUAGGAGACAUGCACGCGCAGCGAUCCAUCGCCUAAACAUGCAUCGACCUGUGACGUGACAGCUUCCCUGCUGGCGGUGACAAGUGAAGUAGGAUGUUUUUAUUUUUUUAUUUUUUUCAGGGUGAGUAGGAUGUUAUUAGUAACAACUACUGAUAUUACGGAAAUUCAAUUCGGCA